AUGGGAAAGAAGAGACGCGGUCCCUCCUUGGAAGAACUGCUGGCUCGUCCUUGGUGCUACUACUGUGAGCGUGACUUUGAUGACCUGAAGAUUCUGACCUUGCAUCAAAAAGCCAAGCACUUUAAGUGUGAGCGAUGUGGUCGCCGACUGAACACCGCCGGAGGAUUGUCGGUGCACAUGAGUCAAGUCCACAAGGAACAGCUCACAGAAAUCGAGAAUGCGCUACCCAACCGCGCAGGCCUUGAUUAUGAAAUUUUCGGCAUGGAAGGAAUACCCGACGAUGUUCUGCAGGCCCACCACCAGCGUGUUGCCACUCAGUUCCAGCAGGCCGAAGUUGAGCGACAAGUGGCCACAGGCAACCCCCCGGCAGGAGGUAGCUCAGGUGGUCCAGCGGCCAAGAAGCCCAAGCUGGAACCUGUGUCAGACCUCAAGAAGCGAUUGGCAGAACAUCGGGCCAAGCGCGCAGAUGGAGCUGCUGGCGGCAGCAGUGGAGAAGCAACCCCUGUGGGUGCUGGACUGACCCCGUCUGCAUCAACACCGGGUACCUAUGGACAAUCUCCGACUGCACCUGUGCCUGGAGCAUCGCCAUUGCCUACACAAAUUCCUUCACAGCCAUACACUUAUACCGAACCCUAUGCUCUACAUGGAGCCCCCCCUCCUGUUGCCCCCUAUCAGCAGAUCGCCAGUCCAGGGUUCCCACCGUUUUCUCCAACCGGCAUACAGCCAGGCCCUGGGUCUAUGGGUUAUAAUGCGACUGGAUACUCACCUCAACCGUUCUCUGGCCCGCCUGGUUAUGGCGCUCCUUCUCCUGCUUACCCCUCACAACAAUCUACACCAACCGAAAGUACACCUCCUCGCCCUGGCAGCUUGCCAAUUCCCUCCGGUCUCCCACAACGCCCGGCCUUUGCUGCCCCGCCGGUCAAUGCACAGCAGAUGCAACAGAUGCACAUGGGCCACCCAAUGGCUCAGCCUCCGGUGCCCAGCUAUUCCAAUGGCGAUGCUGCGCGGGCAACCCCGCCAAUUCCAUCGGUAAACGAUACUCCGGGCGCGACGAACGACGUAACAGAAAAGCCAGCAGAUGGAACGGACAAACCCAGUAAGAAGGACAAAGCGAAACCAACACGCAUGAUUUACUCGGAUCAAACGGUCAGCCCCGAAGAGAAGAUGGCCCAGAUUCCUCGUUAUGCAUUCUCGCGCGAUCGGUUCACGCAGGAAACAGUACUAGGCGAGAUCCCCGAUGCGACGGUUACGGGAACGAUCCGCGACCAAGAUACAGUUGUCGAUCCGGCUCAUUAA